AUGUCAAUUUUUUUGCUACCUGAGAGUAUUUCUUUGUUCAGCUCGGUUGUGGUGCCGGCUUGCCUGCUAUUUUAUGUGCGUUACGUGGCGCAACUCAUGUCACUCUUCACGACUUCAAGAAAUCAAACUAGCCGUUCCAGUUUUGACCUGAUAUUGACUUCUGAAACGAUUUAUAAUCCGGAGGACUAUGAGGCUCUGCACGAUGCUUUCGACUAUGCACUUUCAUCAAGCGGUGUGAUAUGGGUUGCUGCAAAAGUUUUCUAUUUCGGUGUUGGUGGUGAUAUUCCAACAUUCACAGAUUUUGUGGAGAAGAAGGGUGUGUUCAAGAUUGAAACAAAGCAAUCCAUCAGUGCAGAUAUCCCAAGAGUUAUUUUAGGUUGA